CCAUAUUAAAAACGACUGAACGGGCUCUGAAAUUGGCAUAUCAAUCUCUUAAGUGUUUCAAAAAUGAAAGGGUAUUUAGAAGCCAUUCUUGCGUUUUGCCUUGUGUAUUGCAUUGCAGCGCAAGGGACACAGUACGAUGAGAAAAUAUUUGCAAAGGUUGUCGAACUGGAACGGAAAGUAGACCUGCUGGCACAAAAUGUCAACAAAAAAUUAUGUAGCAAGUGCGCAGUUGGAUGGACAUACUACGAUGGAUCUUGUUACAUGAUAGAGGAGCGCAGUUUACCAUUUGGUCUAGCAAAAAUCGAAUGUGAAAAACGCAAAGCUCAUUUAGUCCAUAUAAAUAACGCUGAUGAAAACAAGUUCCUUACAUCCUUUCUGAAGAGUAACUCGAAAGGUUAUACCUUUUGGAUCGGAUUGGCUGAUGCUAUUAAAGAAGGCGAUUUCAAAUGGAUUGACGACAGAUCAACACCCACUUUUGAAAACUGGGCGCCUAAUCAACCUGAUAAUUUCAUGAAUAUAGAGGAUUGCGUACAUCUGAUCACCAGUAGGAAUUAUGAAUGGAAUGAUCGACGAUGUAUAGAUCGUUUAAAGUUCGUUUGUGAACAGAAAAUAACAGGUUGAAAAUAAACAGGAUGAGAAUAUACCCCACAUAUACCACAAAAAGAAAAAAAGACAUUGAAAGGAACAUUAUAAAUAACUCUUAAACUAGUAAAUAGAACAGCUAUAUUUUCUAUCAAUUUAUUCAGAUUAUAUUGCCUUAAAAACUCAUGAGAACUUCUUAUACAUGUAUAUCCAUGUUUAUAUGCUAAGCUCAUGUUUUCCCCUUUAAUCCUCUAUUAAAUAAAGAAGUAGUAGUCAAACGUU